GGCGCAGUCGCCUUUUCGCACGGACGGCCGCCGCGCGUAUCCGAACGCACCCGAAGCCCGCGAAUUCAAAUUUCGAACAUUUCGAAAUCGCGCGUACUUAAGUGGCUCGUGAUUUUUUUUUAUUUAAAAUCAGUGUUGCUAGAUUGAUAUUGACGGAUAUUUUUGUAGUUUUGUUUCUGCUUUUCGUCGUUUAUUCUUACGAUAACCUGUCACAUGCCUGACGUCUCCGCGUCUCCAAAUCCAACAGUGUACCAAACUAUGAGUAUAGACUUCUCUAGAUAACACUAGUAUUUCCGCGAUGGCGUCAGUGGCGGUAUGGACCUUCGUGUUGUGUGUGGUGGGGAGGAGUUUAGCGCUGGACAAUGGUCUGGCCCUGACGCCGCCGAUGGGGUGGUUGGCCUGGGAACGGUUUAGGUGCAACACUGACUGUAAGAAUGAUCCUGAGAAUUGUAUAAGUGACCGACUAUUCCGAACAAUGACGGAUAUCCUCGUAUCGGAGGGCUACGCGGCGGCGGGAUACGAAUACAUCAACGUGGACGAUUGCUGGCCAGAGAGGGAACGGGACCCUCGCGGCAGGCUGGUGCCGGAUCGGGAACGGUUCCCGUACGGCAUGAAGAGUCUCUCUGACUAUGUACACAGCAAGGGGCUCAAGUUCGGCAUUUACGAGGACUACGGUAACUUCACGUGCGCCGGGUACCCGGGCGUCGUUGGACAUCUUGCCGGAGAUGCCGCCACAUUCGCGUCAUGGGGCGUGGAUUACGUGAAACUGGACGGGUGCUACGCCCUCCCUGCUGAUAUGGACCACGGGUACCCUGAAUUCGGCCGCCAGCUCAACCUGACUGGACGACAGAUGGUCUACUCUUGCAGUUGGCCUGUAUAUCAGAUAUAUGCUGGAAUGCAGCCAAACUUCUCCUCCAUCAUCGAGCAUUGCAACUUGUGGCGGAACUUCGACGACAUACAAGACUCCUGGGCUUCCGUCGAGUCUAUCAUAGACUACUACGGAAACCACCAGGACGUGAUCGUGCCGAACGCCGGGCCUGGACAUUGGAACGACCCUGACAUGCUUAUCAUCGGUAACUUCGGCUUAUCAUACGAGCAGAGUAAAACGCAGUUCGCGAUAUGGGCCAUAUUGGCAGCGCCUCUACUGAUGAGCGUAGAUCUCCGGACUAUCCGGCCAGAGUACAAGGCCAUACUGCAAAAUAGGAAGAUUAUUGAGGUGGAUCAAGACCAGCUGGGGAUUCAGGGCAGGAGGAUAUACAAGCAUCGAGGCAUCGAAAUCUGGUCACGACCCAUCCUGCCCAUCCAAGGACAAUACUACUCGUACGCCGUGGCUUUCGUCAACAGACGGACGGACGGAACGCCGUCCGAUGUGGCCGUCACACUACGGGAGCUGGGCUUGAACAACCCUGCUGGGUACAGAGUCGAGGACCUGUACGAAGAUGUGGACUACGGCGUGCUGUCGCCGCAGACGAAGAUCAAAGUGAAAGUGAACCCCUCAGGUAGCGUGGUGAUCCUGCGCGCGGACGCGCAGCCCGCGUUCGCGUACAACGCGAUCCCGACGCGGACGCCGUACUCGCCGCUCAACGACGUGUUCCGGCUGAAGAAGUAACGCCAUCUAGCGAGAACUGAACGCGAGUACAAUUGAGGGAGCAUUCCAUGAAGUUGUCUACCGUUGCCCCGUGCAAACGAGAAUUUUCUAAAGGUUUACAAGUGUAGCCGCUCAAGUUAUUGAUUUUCAGUGACCUCUAUUGUUCUAACAAAAUAGUAGUGACAGCUAGUAGCAUACAGCUACCAAAAGCAGGUGCGUCGAUAAGAGCUUUCUCUAUGACAAAUGGUCAAAAAUAUGUCCAGAAAAAUAAUCAUCGGCUUUAAAAACCGAAAAAAAUGUAUACUUCUAAUUUACGAAAUAAAAUGCGUUUGUACGGGACAGCCUGAGGAAUGCUUCUGAAGUGGAGUUGUGGUAUAGGGGUAUGGUUCGUUUUUGUGUGACAAGAGACAGUGAUUUGUACAUUGGCGUUUUUCUGUUAAUCUGCGUGAUAAACCUAGACACACAGUAAUGUGUCCGGCUAAUUUAGAAAAAAAAGCCGUGCACGAAAGUGUAUUCAUACGAACCCAUUCAAGCCACUUUUUCAACCCUCUUAACUUUUUUUCAGUUUCUAGUUUAUACGAGUAUGUUAAAGAGCCUGUGAUGAUAGCAAAAUCUCAGUUACUUUUUUAUUGCAAUCAUAAAUCUGGGAAUCAUGAUUAAUCUUUUUAAAGGUAUGAAAUACCUACUUAAAGUAUAUUGUAAUUAAAUAGUGGACCUUAUCCCUGUACCAAUUGACAGAUCCUGUUGUAAAUGUGCCCAGUGGCUCCCAGUCUGUUCUCUGUUGUAAUAUUGGUGUCUGUAGUUACCGUAGAGGCGGAACCCACAGCGGCGUACACUAUAAAUGUAAUUAAGCUAACUGGGGUAAUUAUUUAAAAAUAUAGGGAUGCGUACUUGCGUAGCGUGUGGAAAUACCCUCUUAGCCCAAUGCUUGGGAAAAUAACAACAAAACCAAACAAAAUUUAGCUGUAUUAACAGCUGUUCAGAUGGCGGUUUACAGCUCCGUAAUACAUAACGGGGUAAAUCCAGUCACCUCAAAAUGUAUGGCAACGUAUAGCGCCAUUUGUUUCAGCUGUCAAAACUGCUCGCAUCGCCGAAGUCGGGUAAAAUACACACGAAAGCAAACAAACAGAUUAUGUAAUUUUAGUAAGAUGAAGAAUAUCUAAACGAAUUUCGAUUUUGUAACCACAGUAACAUCUUGUAAAAUGGGGAGUUGGGGAUAAGGCCUAGUUACCCUCUGGGUUGGAAGGUCAGAUGGCAGUCGCUUUCGUAAAAACUAGUGCCUAAGCCAAUUCUUGGGUGUACAUAGUUGUCAAGCGGUCCCCAGGGUCUCAUGAGCCGUGGCAAAAAUGCCGGUAUCGUCUUGGGUCGUCCCAUUCGUUUUUCGUCAAGUUCUUAAAUUAGUCCUAUUCUUCUUUCGUCAGUCAUUCUACAUUCGUCACAAUCGUCGGUGGCUUUCAAUGUAGAAUGAGUGACGAAAGCAGAAUAGGACUAAUUUAAGAACUUGACGACAAACGAAUGGGACGACCCAAGACGAUACCAAAAUGCCGGGAUAACGCGAGGAAGAUCUCAAAACAGGGUAUCACAUAUAUAUUUUUGUAACGUACUCAGACUUAUAAUAUACUUAAAGAAAAUUUUCAAUUUCUUCGGAGUGUGCCACUGUGGGCUUCCGUCAUAAUAUUUUGGUUUUCUUGCCUUAGUUUACAUUUAUUUAUAUUUCAUUUCAGUGUGAUCAAGUAGAACAGAGUUCGUGUAACAAAAUGUGAGGAUCGUUUUUGCCAUUGCGUGUUAGAGUAAGGAUGUACAUUUUUAGGUGCCUGUAAUUGUAAGUUUUUUUGUAAAGAAUAUAAUAAAUAAUUAUACAUGUAA